GGGCAGUUUGCAUCGCGCCUAUAUAAAGUGGAGCCGGGCAUCCUUUGCGCAUCAAGCCAAAGAGAGAACCUGUGAAGCGGGAGCGGAGAGGAGAGAAGCGGAGAUUUUCCCCCGACGGGCCGGAGAAAAGGAACGUCUCAGGGCGCUGCUAACCCAAAGCGGGGAGAUCGAUCGACGGCGAGAAAGCCAGUGCGAGAGAGCAAGGCGCGCACAUACACACCUACACGCAUCUAAAGGCGUUGCUUUUGACCCGGAUGGCGUCUACAGGGAUCCAGCUGCUGGGUUUGACCCUGUCCAUCCUGGGCUGGGCAGGGGCGAUCUUAGUGGCCGCCCUGCCCAUGUGGCAAGUCUCGGCUUUCAUCGAGGGUCACCUGGUGGUGGCGCAGACUACCUGGGAAGGGCUCUGGAUGGCUUGCGUGGUGCAAAGCACCGGGCAGAUGCAAUGCAAAGUCUUCGAUUCCAUCCUGGCGCUCAGCCCGCAGAUCCAAGCCGGCCGGACUCUGAUGGUCAUCGGGGCGGUGCUGGGUUUGGUGGCUUUGCUGGUGACGGUCACGGGAGCGCAGUGCACCACCUGCCUGCGCGGGGCUAAGAUCAAGGACUGGAUCGCGGGCAUCGGAGGCGGGCUCUUCCUCCUCUGCGGCUUGCUGGUGCUGGUGCCCCCCUCCUGGUUCGCCAACACCAUCAUCAGCAACUUCUACGACCCCAACGUGGAGCCUUCCAAGAAGCGAGAGAUGGGAGCCGCGCUGUACCUCGGGUGGGCGGCCGCCACGCUUCUCCUGAUGGGCGGCGCGCUCAUCUGCGGGGCAUCGGCUUGGAAGGACGACAGCGGCAGCUUCCCGGUUAAAUAUUCGGCCCCCCGCCGUUCCGCCGCCCCGGUUUCCAACGGAGGAGGAGCAGAAUACGACAAAAAGAACUACGUCUGAAAAAACUUCUGGCUAGGUCGGUCAGAAAGGUCGGCGGUUCGAAUCCCUACGAGGGGUACUCCUGCAGUGAGCAGGGGGUUGGACUAGAUGACCUCCAAGGACCCUUCCGACUCUUGUUACUGUUAAAGCGUCGUCCGCCUUAGGGAUUUUGUUUUAAUUUAAAAAAAAAAAAAAAGAGCGCCAUCCACCCCGUCGCGGGGCCGAGGGAAGAGUUGCCUGGACGGGGAAGAGGCGAGGGAUAGCUGGUCCUCAGAUGAAGACCUUCCUCCUCGCUUUUGUGACUUUAGAGGGGAGGGAGAAACUAUUUGGGGAAAACAACAACAACAACAACAAGAAAAGAGAAAAAUUCGCACCCGAGACUCUUCCUUUGCUUUGAGAAUUCUUCUCUGUAUGGACUUCGAAUUGUACUAGCCCUCAUUGAGUACCUCGGCUGCUUGGCUUUUCUUCGGAGGAAGAAGCUCCUGGGGGUAUUUCAGCUCUCCCUUAGUAAAAAAAAUAAUAAAAAAAGUUAAGUUUUUAGAUGAUUCCUAAAUAUUUUUCAUGCGGGGUGGGGGGAAGAAUAAAAUAUAUAUAUAUCAGAGGACGAUGCUUUCUUUGGGAUGAGGGAGGGACACUGAUCUUGUAAAUAUAAGUGGGGGGGAGGCGGCUUCUGACUUUGGGGUGUAUUCUGCCGAGAUGGGGUUGGACUAGAUGACCUCUGAAGGUCCCUUCCAACCCUGUUACUGAGAUGACCAGAGGGAGUUGUGUUUUAGGAGUUAAUGUGAAGGUGUGAGAGGUGGCUACUUCUUCAGGAAGUCCUGAGCCUGCACCAUUUUUUUAAUGGGAUUUUAUUGGGGUGGGGAUGUUCUCUUCCCUUUCUAAACUUCCCUUCUUUUCCUAUCACUACUUUGUUUUUAUUUUUCUCCCCUUCCUUCUCUCUUUUAAUACCGGGUGAAAGAUCCCUUGAACAAAAUUAGAAAUGACUUGGCAUUCAGAGCUGCCUAGUUUAACUAGCAAUUUCUUACUUCAUGGCCGUUUCUUUUACGGUUUCUCCUCUAAAACAGAUUUUAUUGCAAGAAAAUAAAAAUGUCUGUCUUCUUGUUGGGUUUUUCACCAGGCUAACUUCAAAAUUAGGGGGGUGUUUGCCAUUUGUCUGUGCUCCAUCAUUGCACUGCCUUGUUUUUAAAUGAUGUAACUAUCAUCUUUAAGUUAUGGGACAACUCGGUGAAAUUUGGACUGGAUGUUUUUGUUUCCAAAUAUCCGUUUCAAUAUUGAUUUCUUUUUUGUGUGCCAAAUAAAAAUCCACCCUGGGAGUUUUUUUAAAAA